AUGUCGACGGAUUUAAUGAACAUCGAUGGCCAUAUAAAGAGAUUGCAAAAAGAAACUUUAACUCCAUAUAAAAUAGCAACUGUUAUUUUAAUUAAAGAAUAUUGUAAUGAAACGACAAAAGCAAUUGUGGAAAGACGUGACUUUUGUUUAGUUGCAUUGAAAUUGAUUCAAUCCCCUGACAUGGAGCUUAAUACACUUUUGAAUAUUUUAUAUUCCCCUGAAUAUAUUUUACAUCGGUUUGCACAUCACAUGGAAGUACAAUUGAAUGUAUUAAGAGGGAAAGGAGUUGAAGGAUUAUUAGAUUUAUUUGAUAAUGUUGGACGACUCAUGAAACCAACAUUGGAUCAUUCUCUUUCUUUGCCUGCAUUAAAUAAAAAUUCUGUUCUUGGAUUAUAUAUAAGAAGAGUUAUAAUUUUUUUUGAAAAGUUACCAUUUGAUCAAGUGGUAGCCUUAUAUGAAGCUUUAAAAAAAUAUCUUGAUAAUAGGAUUAAUACUUUUGAUGGUUCUGAUGUAUCUGCAAGUUCUAAAACAAAAGAUUCAUAUUCAAAUGAAACUAAAACUUGGGGUGGAAGACAAGCUGAGUUACUUGUUGCACAACAAGCACAUGCAUUGCAGACAGAUGAACAUAAAGCAAUGUCUCCUGCAGAACUUCAAGUUCUUGUACGAGAACUUUUAAAUUGUAGUCCUUAUUAUGCUGAAGUUCAUUAUUUAAGUUAUUUAAACUGUCUAAGGGUCAAUGAAUAUUGCGGAGCUAUAGACAGUCUCUAUCACUGCUUUGAUAGAUUAGUACCUUUGGAAAAUCGUUCCGCACCUGAAGAGAGAUCACGUAUUUUUAGAUAUGCAGCUUUAAAUUUAGCAGUUUUACAUGCUCAAUUUAAUCAUAAAGAAGUAGCUCAAGCUGCUUUAAAAGAAGCUAUCAUGAUGGCCCAAGAAGCUGGAGAUAAUGUAUGUUUACAAUUAGCACAUGCUUGGAUGUAUCAUUUAACUACCAAACAAAAAGGACCUCUCAUAGAAAGAUCAGUUGGUAAAGCAAGUAUGUUAGGAAUAACUCAUACGACUGGAUUAGGACUUAUUGCAUAUGCUCAUAAUUCUGCAUUAGAAGCUAAGAAUCCAUCACAAGUGUUUGAGACCCUGAUGAAAUCUGAUGUUUUAAAUUGUCAACAUUCCAUGAUAGAUUUAAUGUCGAUGACGUAUGCGGAAAAAUCUGCGCUAUGGGCAUAUUAUGGUAAAACUGAAAUGUCUUCUGUUUGUGCACAACUAUUACUUUUACACAAUACAGGAGAUAAGAAACAACAUAUGUUUAAUGGUCCGUCUACUUGUCAAGCUGUUGUUAAUAUUGCAAAUAUCUUAGUAGAAUUUGGAGAAUAUUUUUUGGUCGAUAUUGUACUUGCUCAUGCUAAAGAGAGAUUUCCCAAUGAACCAUGCAAUAAGAUAUGGAUGCUAAGUGAGCAACUUUAUGUAUUUACACAAUUAAUGAGACAAGAAAAAUGGAGUGAAGCUGAAGCAAUAGCGUUAAAUAUUUCAAGUUUAGAUCCUUUGGAAUGUAAAUUUAGAUUAGCGGAAGUUUGCUUAGAAAAAGGAGAUUAUCCGAAAGGUUUAGAAUGUAUUGAUAAUAUUGAGAAAGAUGAACAAAUAACUCCUCAAAAUAAAAUAAGAGCUAUGAUUCUUUUAAGUCAAAUAAUGUGUGCUUCUGUUUCAUCAGAGAGUGGAAUUGUAGGGGUUAAUUCAUUAGUACUUUUAAAUACAGCAUUAGAACUGGCAAUAAAGAAUCAUUUAUCUUAUUAUAAAGCAUUAAUAAAAAUGCAUCUUGCAAAUAUUCAGUUAAUAAUGGGUAUGCCAACUUUAGCAUUAAAUUUAGUAGAGGAAGCAAUUACGCAAAUUUUAGCUCAUGGAGGAUAUUACGAUCAAGGUAGAGCGUUUAUUUUAUAUGCAAAAUGUUUAGUCGCUACCGCUCCAACGUGCGACAAAACUCGAAAGGAAGUAAUUUUAAAAGCUAUUAAAGCUCUUUCCAAAGCAAAAAAUUAUUUUACAAAAAUCGAAGCUUAUGGAAAACUAAGAGUUACAUUAUGUUUAGAAUCUUUACUAUGUCAUGAGAUUGAUCUUAAAACUGAACGAAAUCAAUGUGCUUUUGAAUUUCGUCAAUUAGAUCAACAGCUUCUUACAAAAUUAGAUAAUUUAUCAUUAUAUUGAAAACAGAAAAAAAAUAAAAAAUAAAAAACGAUAAGUACAAAUAUAUGUAAUUGAAAUAUUCUUUU